AUGUUUGGAAACAAUCAAGACUUCAAACACUUGAAGGCGUCACAGUCCAAUGCGCAUCACAACAAUAUGGCGUCUGCCCGGCUUCUAGUCCGCGGGCCCGGAGACGGGCGCGGGAGGAAUAUGGUGCCUUAUCAACGUGUAUCUGUCUGCGGAAUACAUGUAACUGGGGUACCGUUCGAUGAGUUGGUGCGUUCGGCGGAGAUGCUAGUUGAUGCUUUAAACCUUCGCCGCUGCUACAUGGACGUAUCCCAUCAGUCAUUUCCGUCGGGUCUAGCGUAUUACCUUGACCAUCAUGAGGCACCACCCCGGGGUCCUAACAGACAAGGGUCGGUCGAUUACGGCGGCGCUGUUGUCAAGUUUGAUAAUGCAACAGCGGACCAGUACAUCAAACUAUCAACGUGUUCAUCGGAAGAGUUGUGCAAUGCGAUUCCUUUAAGAAUAACCAGCCCGUCGCACUCUGAACACCGUAUAUAUAUGAGCGGUACACUAAUGACGCUAAAGGCUGGGUCUAAUCGAGAAUCUUACGAUAGCCAAGAAGGCCUGGAAGGAACUAUUAGAACUUCAGAUCCAUGGACUUGCUUUACACCGGCCGACUGCAAAUACCAGUACCGUUGGGAGAAAGGCGUGGUCCAAAUUUAUCGGUCCGAAGGUGACAUGAAUGUCCAUAAUCCCUUGCCCUAUCGGAACAUCAGCUUCGUGAAGUACGUGGAGGAUUUGUGUCGGCUCUCAGAUAUGAUCGCCGAUGGACCUCUUAAAUCCUUCUGCUACCGCCGACUGAGCUACCUGUCCUCCAAAUUCAAGAUGCACGUCCUUCUCAAUGAACUUCAUGAGCUUGCUCUGCAGAAAGCUGUCCCUCAUCGGGACUUUUACAACAUUAGAAAAGUGGAUACACAUAUACACGCAGCAUCCAGUAUGAACCAGAAGCACCUUCUCCGCUUCAUCAAGCGCACCAUGCGUACCUGUGCUGAUGAAGUGGUGGCUGUCCAACGAGGAGUGCCCAAGACCCUGAAAUCUGUGUUCGAAGAAAUGAAUCUGGAUGAUUAUGAUUUGAAUAUUGAUCUACUUGAUGUCCACGCAGAUAGAAAUACAUUUCAUCGCUUCGACAAAUUCAAUGCGAAAUACAAUCCGGUAGGCGAAAGCAGAUUGAGGGAGGUAUUUCUCAAAACGGACAACUACAUGAAUGGAACCUAUUUCGCUAGGAUUAUUAAGGAAGUGAUAAAUGACCUAGAAGAGAAUAAAUACACGUAUUCUGAGCCGCGGAUUUCAAUCUACUGCAAGAGCAAGUCGGAAUGGAGCAAGUUGGCUUCCUGGGCUCUGCACAACGACGUUCACUCAGCGCACGUGAGAUGGCUGGUGCAGGUGCCGCGGCUCUACGAUAUCUACCGAAUCAACAAGUUACUCAACAACUUCCAGGAGUUUCUCAACAAUUUGUUUGACCCUCUGUUUCAAGUCUCCAUCGACCCACAUUCCAAUGUAGAAUUGCACAAAUUCCUCACGCAUGUUAUUGGAUUCGAUAGUGUUGACGAUGAAUCAAAGCCAGAAAAUCCAAUUCUUAGUGAAAAUAUGCGCAGACCAGACGAAUGGGUCGACGAGGAAAACCCACCUUACGCCUACUACCUCUACUACAUGUACGCUAAUAUGGUGACGUUGAAUCAGCUCAGGAAAGAGCGAGGCUUGAACACUUUCGUCCUCCGCCCUCACUGCGGCGAGGCAGGCCCUCCUUCACAUCUCAGCGCCGCGUUUCUUCUUUCUGAGAAUAUUUCACACGGUCUCAUACUGAGAAAGGUACCAGUCCUGCAAUACGCCUACUAUUUGGCGCAGAUCUAUAUAGCGAUGUCUCCUCUCAGUAACAAUUCCCUCUUUCUCCGAUACCACCGUAACCCAUUGCCUGAAUACUUCGAGAGAGGACUGAAUGUCACGCUGAGCACGGAUGAUCCCCUGCAGUUUCAUUAUACUAAGGAAGCUCUAAUGGAGGAGUACAGUGUAGCAGCGCAAGCCUGGAAGUUGAGCACCUGUGACAUGUGUGAGCUCGCCAGGAACUCGGUCAUCAUGUCUGGGUUCCCACAUGAGAUGAAGCAACAUUGGCUGGGCCCCCAUUACCAACGGGAUGGUCCCGAGGGCAACGACAUAACGCGCACCAAUAUACCGGAUCUACGCCUCGCUUAUAGACACGAGACACUUAUUGAUGAACUUGAUAAUCUGUUUAAAGUGCAUAUGACGUGA